AAGUUGUGAAAAUGAUAGUAAAUUCACACAUUUUCUCUCUCCUCAUCAAUAUGCUUUUGUUGUGAGUAAUAAAUAGAACAUCAAAUCUAGCUAUCAACUGUCAACUCAGCAUUUUUAGUAUUUUGCAUUGAGAAAGCCUUUGAGCUUUUCACUACUCAACUAUCGAAUCUGCAAAUUCGGAUCUGUUCCUGAAAAGUUGAUAGUAUCUCUCAAAUCUCGCUUCUGAUUCAUUUUCCUUUUGUCUUUCUGGGAGAUAAAAUAUGAAGAAUUCCAUAUCUGAACAGAGUUUCUACAUAGAAAGUGAGGAAGAGGAUGAUGAACAUUUGAGAAAACAUGAAAAUGAAGAAGAAGGAAAUGAAUCUGAUUUUUCAAAUGAAGAUAAUAAUGAUGAUGAAACUAAUCGACCAAAUUCCUUAACCUCUGCUUGGCCACAGAGUUAUAGGCAAUCUAUGGAUCUAUACAGUAAUGUACCAUCUCCAAGUCUUCACUUCUUGGGAACACCUUCAUUAUCUCGGCUAGGAAGCUCAUUCUUUGGCUCAUCUCUCAUAAGAAGACACACUCCUGAGGUAUUGCCCUCUCUUCACAAGCCUCUCAUACUGCCAGCAGAAGAAGAAAAAGCACCUCACAGGCGUAGUUCUCAUGGUUUGAUACCUCCCCUACAUCCGAGGAAGUCUUCUAUUAAGAAAAUACCUGAUAUUGAAAGACCUUCCAAGGAUGCACAUGGACUUCCGAUUUCUCACCAAAGCACCUAUGGUCAAGCAGUGGUAAAUGGCAUGAAUGUUCUCUGCGGAGUAGGCCUUCUUUCUACUCCUUAUGCUGUGAAGGAAGGUGGAUGGGCCGGACUUUCAAUAUUAUUCAUUUUCGGCAUACUUUCUUUCUAUACUGGCAUGCUCCUGCGGUACUGCUUGGAUAGCCAACCAGGGCUUGAGACAUACCCAGACAUUGGUCAGGCUGCUUUUGGUACAAUGGGACGAAUUGUUAUAUCAAUAAUCUUAUAUGUGGAAUUAUAUGCCUCCUGUGUUGAAUACAUAAUCUUGGAGGGUGAUAACUUGUCUGCUAUAUUUCCAAAUGCACAUUUAAGUUUGGGUGGGUUUGAGUUAGAUGCUCGCCAUCUUUUUGUUUUGAUAGCUACCCUGGCUAUUCUUCCUACUGUUUGGCUGCGUGACCUCAGUGUCCUAAGUUAUAUCUCAGUUGGAGGAGUUAUUGCUUCUAUUUUGGUGGUCCUUUGCUUGUACUGGGCUGGCUUGGUGGAUCAUGUAGGCUUUGAAAGCAAAGAGACUAUACUUAACCUACCAACUCUUCCUGUUGCUAUUGGGCUUUAUGGAUUUUGUUACUCUGGGCAUGCGGUCUUUCCCAAUAUAUAUACAUCCCUAGCAGAUCGUAGUCAAUUUCCUGCAGUCCUCUUGACCAGUUUUGGUUUGGUGACUCUGUUGUAUGGUGGAACUGCUGUGUUGGGAUACCUGAUGUUUGGGGACUCAGCUGAAUCCCAGUUUACUCUAAAUUUGCCAAAAGGAUUAAUGGUUUCCAAGGUUGCUGUAUGGACAACUGUUGUUAAUCCUUUUACAAAAUUUGCUUUAACCCUGUCUCCAGUAGCAAUGAGUCUGGAGGAAUUGUUGCCAUCAAAACACACCAAAUCUCACCUGUACCCAAUCCUCAUUAGAACUGCAUUGACAAUCUCCACAGUAGUAGUUGGUCUUGCGGUUCCAUUUUUUGGUUUGGUAAUGGCAUUGAUUGGAUCUUUACUUACAAUGCUAGUAACUCUAAUACUACCUUGUGUUUGCUUCCUGAGAAUCUUGAAGGGGAAAACAAGCCGCCUUCAGGUUACCAUAUGUGUCUUUAUUAUCACAGUAGGUACUGCAUCUGCAUUGGUCGGUUCGUAUUCAGCUCUCUCCAAGAUCAUCCAGAGCAUGAUAUAAAUUUUGGUAAUACUAUGGCACCAGAUGUUUUUGAGCUUAGAGUUCGUUAAGUUUCUAAUUAUAAAGAUUUCACAAGUUCCUAUUUUCUUGUAAGAGAUCGCGCUCAUACUCCAUUUUCAGGCUAGUGAUUUUGAUAAUGAUUCUUUUAUAUUUUUAAAUACAUCUGCAGUUCAGUUGUAUUUUAGAGAGAAAAGAUACACUUGUAUUUCAUUAAUUUUUUUUCUUAUUCUUAGAAUGUUAUUUGAAGGGGACAAAUCCAAAUCUCAUUAUAACAUUGUAUUGCAAA